AUGGUCUAUUUCCUCGAAGCCGAUGAUGUCGCAAACAAAUUCAAUAUAAACAAGGUUUCCGACCACAUCAAGAAAUCAUUAUCUCAGCUCUCAGCUCACUACUACCCACUCACCGGAAGGCUCAUCAACAAGAACUUGAUCGUAGAUUGCAACGACGAGGGUGUCCCUAACAUAGAAACCAGGGUCAGUUGCCGCCUCAGCCAAGUCACCGAUAACCCCUCUCCAGCUGAUGUAAGCAAUCUGCUUCCCUUCAAAAUGGACGAAGCUGUCGACACAGUCCUCGGAGUCCAAGUCAAUUUCUUUGAUUGUGGCGGAAUCGCCAUUGGUGUUUGCAUCUCCCACAACAUAGCUGAUGCACUGUCGUACUUCCAGUUCGUCAAGACCUGGGCCGCCGUGACACGUGGCAAUCCAGAACCAAUCAGGACCCACUUCCAAUCGUGCAUACUCUUACCGCCAAAAGACGUGUUUCUAGCAGCCACUAAGGAAGAAUUAGGAAGCGAGAAGAAGAUUCAGUUAGUUGCAUGGAUAGCAAAUCUACGGCCAAGAAUGGAACCUAUAUUACCAGAAUAUGCCUUUGGAAACUACUAUUGGCCGAUGCGAACACUUCCAAUAUUAUACGAGAAAGGAGAAUGUCACGACCUAUUCGAGAAAGUAAACAAUGGAACCCACAUCAGAAGAAAGAAGAAAUGGUUAGAGCAACUGAAAUUUAAGAAUGUGGUUACUUUAAAAGACACCAAGUCAAGUGGUGGCAUUGAAGCUUGUGUCAAUCUCACAGAGGAGGACAUGGUUAAAUUUGAACACGAUGAGGAAUUUCUGGCUCAUGUUUCUACCACGGGUUAA